GUUUCCAGCCGGCGCCUAUUGGCGGCCGGGCUCCCCAACAUGGCGGCCUCCGGCGCUGCGGGCUCAGGAACUUCCACGCCUUCGCGUUCCUGACAGUGCCUCGCUUCUGUGUGCGCCGGGUCUCCUCCUCGUUGGCUCGGCAGACAUGUUCGCCAAGGCCUUUCGGGUCAGGUCCAACACGGCCAUCAAGGGGUCGGACAGGAGAAAGCUUCGAGCUGAUGUGACAGCUGCUUUUGCCACCCUUGGGACAGAUCAGGUCUCUGAGUUAAUACCUGGAAAAGAAGAGCUCAAUGUCGUGAAGUUGUACACUCACAAAGGGGACACUGUGACAGUAUACACCAGUGGUGGCAAUCCUAUCCUGUUUGAACUGGAGAAAAAUCUGUAUCCUACAGUGUACACACUAUGGUCCUAUCCAGAUCUUCUGCCAACCUUCACAACAUGGCCUUUGGUCCUCGAAAAACUGGUAGGAGGUGCAGAUUUGAUGCUGCCAGGACUAAUGGUGCCCCCUGCUGGUUUGCCUCAGGUACAGAAGGGCGACCUCUGUGCCAUUGCCUUGGUGGGGAACAGAGCGCCCAUAGCAAUCGGAGUGGCUGUCCUGUCCACCGCUGAGAUGCUGGCCGCCGGCCUGAAGGGAAGGGGCUUCUCAGUGCUCCACACUUACCAGGACCACCUGUGGCGAUCUGGAGACAAGUCCUCUCCACCAUCCAUUGCUCCACCGGUGCAGGAUGCUGCAGAUGUCAGUGAAGAGAAGGUGCAGGGAGACAUGAGAGGCCUGGCCCUGCAGGGAGAGGAAGGGCACAGGGAGGGGUCCCUCCCAGAAGCCUCAGAAGAUGGCAGCAUCCAGGACCCGAGCCCAGACCCCAUGGAUGGCAGAUCGCUUCAAGAGCAAAUGGAUGACCUGUUACAGCAGUGUUUCCUGCAGGCCUUGAAGUGCCGAGUCAAGAAGGCCGACCUCCCUCUUCUCACAAGCACAUUCCUUGGCAGCCACAUGUUCUCUUGCUGCCCUGAAGGACGACAGCUGGACAUAAAGAAGUCGAGCUAUAAAAAGCUCUCUAAGUUCCUGCAGCACAUGCAACAGGAGGAGAUUGUGCAGGUAAAGGAGCUGAACAGAGGGGUAGAGAGCAUUGUGGCUGUGGACUGGAAGCAUCCAAGGAUCACAUCCUUUGUUGUCCCAGAGACCUCCCCAACCUCUCAGACUGUGCAGGCGGCCAGCAGGGAGCAGCCCUAUCACCCUCCAGAUAUAAAAGCCCUGUACUGUGUCCCCGCCAGCAUGACCCUACUCUUCCAGGAGUCUGGCCACAAGAAGGGGAGCAUUCUUGAGGCCAGUGAGGUUCGAGGGAGUGUCAUCAACUACGCCAAGAAAAAUGACCUGGUGGAUGCAAACAACAAGAAUCUAGUGAAGUUGGAUCCUAUCCUGUGUGACUGUAUCCUAGAGAAGAAUGAGCAGCAGACAGUCAGCAAGCUCCCAUGGGACAGUCUCCUGAGCAGAUGUCUUGAAAAACUGCAGCCUGCCUAUCAAGUGACCUUUGCUGGACAACAGCCUGUUGUGAAGAAAGGGAAAAUUUGUCCAAUUGACAUCAGCUUAGCACAGAGGGCUUCUAAUAAAAAGGUGACCAUGGUCAGAAACUUGGAAGCCUACGGUCUAGACCCAUGCUCAGUGGCCAACAUCCUCCAGCAGCGAUGUCAGGCCAGCACUACAGUCACUCCUGUCCCUGGAAGCAAGGACAGCCUGCAGGUGCAGAUCCAGGGGAACCAGAUCCACCACCUGGGCCAGCUGCUACUGGAGGAGUACGGGCUUCCUCGAAGGCACAUUCAAGGCCUGGAAAAGGCACCCAAGCCUGGCAAGAAGUGACUGACUUGUUUCAGGUGGUGGUGGACCCAGUGGAAAUCCAGGCUCUGGGCUGGUCAUUUAUGAGCAUUUUCAGCUUUUGCAAAUUAAAAAUACAAUUCUUUAUCAAAAA